AUGAGCUCCGACACUCCCUCCUCCAUCGCCGAUACUACCACGGAAAAGGUUUCUUCCUCAUCAUCGUCGCGGACCACGGACAAGCAGAAGGAGAAGGCGAGAGUUAGCAGGACGUCGUUGAUACUGUGGCACGCCCACCAAAACGACGCCGCUGCCGUCCGGAAGCUUUUAGAGGAAGAUCCAUCUCUCGUUCACGCUAGGGAUUACGAUAACCGGACUCCGCUUCACGUGGCAUCUCUCCAUGGAUGGAUCGAUGUCGCUAAGUGCUUGAUUGAGUUUCGCGCCGAUGUCAACGCCCAAGAUCGCUGGAAAAAUACGCCACUAGCUGAUGCAGAAGGAGCUAAAAAGCACAACAUGAUUGAACUUUUAAAAUCAUAUGGUGGCUUGUCAUAUGGCCAAAAUGGAAGCCAUUUUGAACCAAAGCCUGUUCCACCCCCUCUACCAAACAAGUGUGACUGGGAAAUUGAACCUUCUGAGCUGGACUUCUCAAACUCAAACAUUAUUGGAAAGGGAUCUUUUGGUGAGAUUUUGAAAGCCUCUUGGCGUGGAACACCUGUCGCUGUUAAGCGUAUUCUUCCAUCCCUCUCAGAUGAUAGAUUGGUGAUUCAGGACUUCAGGCAUGAAGUUAAUUUGCUAGUCAAGCUUCGUCAUCCUAAUAUAGUCCAAUUUCUGGGAGCUGUCACUGAGAGGAAGCCCCUCAUGUUAAUCACUGAAUAUCUACGAGGGGGUGAUCUUCAUCAGUACCUUAAGGAAAAGGGUGCGCUAAGUCCAUCAACAGCCAUAAACUUUGCAUUGGACAUUGCCAGGGCCAUUUUUCUAUUUGUAUGUCUUCUUGGUUUGGGGCUCUUGUUAUUCUCACUAGAAGAUGCUGUUUGGACACUAGGCAUGGCAUAUCUUCAUAAUGAACCAAAUGUCAUUGUUCACAGAGACCUAAAACCAAGGAAUGUUCUUUUAGUCAACUCCAAUGCAGACCAUUUGAAAGUUGGGGAUUUUGGUCUUAGCAAGCUCAUAAAGGUUCAAAACUCUCAUGAUGUGUACAAAAUGACUGGCGAGACAGGAAGUUACCGGUAUAUGGCUCCUGAAGUUUUCAAGCACCGGAAAUACGAUAAGAAAGUAGAUGUUUUCUCUUUUGCGAUGAUACUAUAUGAGAUGCUUGAAGGGGAACCACCUUUUUCGAAUUUUGAGCCAUAUGAAGCAGCCAAGUUUGUGGCAGAAGGGCACAGGCCAACAUUUCGUUCCAAAGGAUUUAAUGUCUUUGAUCUCAGAGAAUUGGCAGAUCAGUGUUGGGCUCCUGACAUGAAUAAAAGACCUACUUUCUUGGAAAUUCUGAAGAGACUUGAAAAGAUCAAGGAAAACUUACCGACAGAUCAUCACUGGCAUUUAUUCAAUCCAUAG